ACUGUUCAAUGAAAAUAAAACGAUUCUGCUCAAUCAACGUCAAAAACGUCGAAUAUUGUCUCUCAUGAUAUACCGAAAUAGUGCGGUGAUAUAUGCUGAUUAAAUUGUCUGAACGCUAGUUUUAAAAAUGCCGAAACGUCCUUGUCCCUUCGAAGCGGAUUUGCUACCGCAGGUGAAAGUGCACGUGGGACAAAAACAGAUGAACAACGGCGUGUUGAGAGAUGAACGGAUGAAAGAUGUUUACGACAAGACUCUGAAUCUGCUCAAGACAGGUGCAAAGACACUCUCGUAUAAAUUGAAUGCAUCUGCGCAAAUGGAUUCUAUAGAUCUACCUCCACUGCGACAACUGUCACCUUGCAAACUAAAAUCUACAUCUAAUCUAAAACAGAUGCUAUUGACAGACAAAUUGCAAUUGAAAGUUAGCAAUAAGAUUAUGAAUGAUAUCCGGAUGGAUCUUUGCGGAUGUUGCCGGCUGAUAGAUCAAUCUACAAUAAGCAAAUGCUAUUACUGUGACCAGAUACUAUGUUCUUCUUGUCUGUUUGCAUGCACUGGCUGUUCAGAAACAUUCUACUUGAUAACCACUGAUGAAACUACAAAGAAGGAACUGGAAACAAUCAAAUACGUUUCAAUAAUGCAACCUGAUAAUGCCAAUGGAGAUAAUGUGUAUUUACAAAAUACAUCAAAUUCCACAAACUCAGAGAAUGAGGCUAUUCAAAAUUGGGAAGAUAAAAAUUAUGAAGACAAAUAUCCUGUUGGAAAUGAAGCAUAUAAACAAGAUGAAGUUACAGCAGACAAAAUAGUGAUAGAUAAGAUAAACACAGAAGUAAUCAAGAAAAGAAUCAGAAGAAGUAAUCGUUUGUUAAUAAAUGAUAAAAAAGAAAAUUUGAAGACGGCUAUUUGUGGUAAGGUAUUAAAGCAGAAGAGAACGACAAGGAAAUCAAAUAAAACAGCACAGAACACGAUAUCAAAUGAGAUGUUAACAAUGUUAUAUAAGAAGUUGGAAUCUGAAAAAUACGAAAAAUCAAUGUUACCAUCAUUUGGAAGCAUUAGACCUAAUAAUACUAAUAACACAUUGAACAUUCCAUAUGGAAUAGCAAAACAGGAGGAAUCACAUUACAAUUACAGUUCAAAUAAUAGAAAUAUGUUGCAGUAUCUAGAUUACAAUAAUUUGAGACAUGAGAAUUUGAAACAGCCAAUCUUGAUCAAUUCUAACCCAUGGCCCGUUGUACCAAAAAGUGACCAGAAUUUCAUAUUGAACAAUAUUACUAAUACGCAAAAUCAAGUAGGACAAACUGGUUUCAUUAAUAAUAAACAAUAUCAUAAUGCAUACACUGCUGCUGAUUACAACUCAAAACAAAAUGAAAAUCCAUACUUUCAUUCUUCAAUUAAAUCUACAGAUUCCCGUCAAUUAUUUGGUAUUGAAAACAAAGUUUUUCGUUGUUCGUGUAACGCCUGUACAAGUAACAUGUGGAACAACAUGCAUACUGGCGUUGAAGCUUUUCCGAAAAAGGAAAAUGCAACAGUUCAACAAAUACCUAAUAACAGUAUUUUAAGUUAUAUUCCAACAACUGUUACUGCUAAUGAUACCUGGAACACUGCAGUAGGAUCGUUUAAUUACUUGCCUAAUUAUCAACCAUUACAAGCAGAUUACAACUUUAAAAGGUUAUUUUAUAGUGGUUUCAAUACAAUGAACAAUGUGGACAAUAGUGGAUACAAUGUGAUGGCAAGAAGAAAUAUAAUGUCUCCGUUGAAUAAUUGGAACCCUCAGAUAAAUCACUUAACGAUUCCAUAUAAUAGCAAUACAAACGUUACUCUGGAUGCGUCUGUCCCAUCUGAACCAUUACCGUCGUCUUCUCUUUAUACAGGCAAUAGUAGCACACAAUUUAGUAACUAUUAUAACAAAGAUCUGGUGAAAGUGGAUAUGUCUCAAUAUAAGGAAAGAGAUAAUUUUAAUCCAUCCACAAUACCUAGCUUUGAAAACUCUUUACCUACUACUAAUGCACAUAGAUUAGAUUCUGAAUCAACACAUACUUCAUCACAAAACAGUACAUCAACCAAUGAUAGUGGUAUAAUAUAUGAUAUUACAAAUUUUGUUCCUGAAACGAAUACACCCAAUGGAUCUCAAGAAUCUCCAUCUUAUGUAUAUGCUAAGGAGAUGGACAAAAAUUGGUCAUCAAACUUAUCUAAUAUCUAAAAAAAUAUUUUUUAAUAUUAUUUGCAGAUUAGCUUUUUAUAAGUUCUUUUUUGUUAAACGAAAUAUUUUGAUAUUUGAUUGAUGUUCGAUGUUUUGAUAUAUGUUUUUAUUUUUUAUUGUGAAAUGAUUAUAUUAAUAUAUACACAAUAAUAUGUGUUAAAAAGAGGUUUUGUUUAUAAUAUAUAUACAAUGCAAUUUGUAUUUCUUAGAUAUUUGGCAUACUAUGAUACAUGUAUUAAAUAUUUAAAAAAAAAGUAUAAAUAAUACGUAAUAUAAAAAUUUCUCUGAAACUACGUUUAAAUAUGUAACAUCAUAUCACGCGCGUUUUUUUUUUUUUUUUAUUUAAUGCAGACAUUGUAAUUGUAGUCUCGCAUUUUUUUACAUUUUAAAUAUCAUUUACAUUUUUAGUUUGAUUUAUGAAACGGUCCUAGAAUAAAAAAGAACUGAUGUAUAAUUUAAAACUGUAGUUUGAUUUAUGAAACGCUCCUAGAAUAAAAAAGAACUGAUGUAUAAUUUAAAACUAAAUAUACAGGCAGAUUAUAAUACACAAUAUAUCUAUAUAUUAUACUUGUUUUAAUGUAUAUAAUUUUCCUUUCCUACUAUUUGAAUUAAGUACACCUGUAUGCGGUAUGUAUCGAAAAGUACUGGUAUAAAACUUGUAUCUGUUAAUUAUAAUAAAAAAAGUACUAUUAUAAGAA